AUGAUGGGUCUCUCAACAGUUCUCACAACUACCCUCCUGGCCUUGCGCCUCUUCUCUCUCGACGCCCUUGCGGCGCCCGCCCCUGUUCCGGUCCCUGCGCCCUCUCCUGUGGCUUCGGCGGCCCCCGAUCCCUCACCGGUCGCCGGUGCUGCUUCUGGCUACUGGGUUUCCUCUAUCGAAAGACGCGGCACCUCUGCUUUCGGAGACCCCAACUACAAGAUCUUCCGCAACGUCAAGGACUACGGAGCCAAGGGCGAUGGCGCGACUGACGACACUGAGGCCAUCAACAAGGCCUUCGCUGAUGGCAACCGCUGCGGUAUGGGAUGUGAUUCCUCAACCACCACUCCUGCCCUGGUUUACUUCCCUGCCGGUACCUACGUCGUCAGCAAGCCUCUUGUCAUGAACUACUACACCCACAUGGUUGGUGAUGUUACCAACCUGCCAACUAUCAAGGCCGCCGCCAGCUUCACCGGUAUGGCUGUUAUUGAUGCGAACCCCUAUGACAACCAGGGAAACAACGCCCACACCAACCAGAACAACUUCUGGCGUCUCAUCAAGAACUUCGCGAUCGACUUGACUGCGAUGCCCGUCACAAGCGGUGCUGGUAUUCACUGGCAGGUCGCUCAAGCUACGUCUCUCCAGAACAUCGUCUUCAACAUGCGUACGGACGGCGGCGAAAGCAACGUCCAGCAGGGAAUUUUCAUCGACAACGGCUCCGGUGGCUUCAUGACCGACCUGACCUUCAACGGUGGAAAGUACGGCAUGUUCGUGGGAAGCCAGCAAUUCACUACCCGCAACUUGACUUACAACAACUGCAAGACUGCUGUCUUCAUGAACUGGAACUGGCUCUGGACUCUCCACGACAUCAAGAUCAACAACUGCGGCGUCGGCAUCGAUAUGUCGAACGGUGGCACCACCGCGCAGACUGUUGGCUCCGUCCUCCUUCUUGACAGCACCAUCAGCAACACUCCUGUCGGCAUCUUGACCGCCUACAGCCCCGCUUCCGUCCAGAACAACGGCAGCUUGAUCCUCGACAACGUCGACAUGUCGACCAACGUUCCCGCUGCUGUCCAGCUUGUCGACACCAAGGCCACUCUUCUUGCUGGCAACCAAAAGAUUGCUUCUUAUGUCCAGGGUCGCACCUACACCGGCACCACCGGAAACGGAAAGGCCGUCCAGGGAGCCCAGGACGCCAUCCAGAAGCCCGCUGCCCUCCUUGGCUCGAACGGAAAGGUCAUCACACGCAGCAAGCCUCAAUACGAGACCGUCGCCACGAGCCAGUUCCUCAGCGCCAAGGCCAACGGGUGCAAGGGUGAUGGCAAGACGGAUGACACCGCCGCCAUUCAGGCUCUCUUUAACAAGGCUGGCCCCAACGACAUUGUCUACUUUGACCACGGCGCUUACAUCAUCUCCAACACCAUCGAGGUGCCCAAGGACAUCAAGAUCACCGGCGAGGUCUGGCCCCUGCUGAUGGCCAACGGCGAGGCCUUCAAGGACCAAGCCAACCCCAAGGUCAUGCUGAGGGUCGGCAAGCCCGGCGACGUCGGCACCUUUGAGAUGAGCGACAUCAUCGUCCAGACCCAGGGUGCUCAGCCCGGCGCCAUUCUCAUGGAGUACAACAUUGCCGGCAGCACCCCCGGCGCCGCCGGCCUCUGGGACGUCCACUUCCGCAUCGGCGGCAGCCAGGGCACUCAGCUCCAGUCCGACAAGUGCGCCAAAAACCCCAACGUCACCACUGUGGCCAACCCGGAGUGCAUGGGCGCCUACCUCCUCACUCACAUCACCGCCGAGUCCUCGGGCUACUUCGAGAACGUCUGGUGGUGGGUCGCCGACCACGAGCUCGACCUCCCCGACAAGAAGGCCCAGAUCAACAUCUACAACGGCCGCGGCGUCCUCACCGAGUCCACCAAGGGCACCUGGUUCUGGGGCACCGCCUCCGAGCACAACGUCCUGUACAACUACCAGUUCAACAAGGCGUCCAACGUCUACAUGGCCCACAUCCAGACCGAGACCGCCUACUUUCAGGGCAACCCGGACGCCAAGACGCCCUUCGCCGUCAACAACGCCAUCCUCGACCCCAACUUCGAGACCUACUGCGCCGGCCAGAGCGACAAGUGCGCUCGCACCUGGGGCGUCCGCGCCAUCGACUCCAAGGACGUCCUCAUCUACGGCGCCGGCCUGUACAGCUUCUUCAACAACUACGACCAGGUCUGCGUCGGCCAGAACAACUGCCAGGACCACAUGGUCUCCCUCGAGAACAGCGACGUCAAGUUCUUCGGCCUCAGCACAAAGGCCGCCAUCAACAUGGUCACCGUCAACGGCAAGAGCGCCGCCCUCGACAGCGACAACCGCAACAACUUUUGCGCCACCGUCGCCGUCUUCCAGGCCCCUCUCUAG